AUGGCGUCUCUUCGUCGCCCGUCACAACUCUUCACGGGCAAGUCCGGUAAGCCCGAGCCGUCGAUGGGUUCGCGCCCGCGCAACCCCAGCGGCGGCCAGAACCGCGAUGCUCGCAAGUCGACCGUCGAAACCAGGAUGAAGUCGAGGCGAAUGAGUAUGAGGUAUGCUGGACCCGAGUCCUUUGGCGUCGGGCAGGCCGGCGGCGCCAACUUCUUGAUGUCGGAUCCCUACCAGUUCCAGCUCGAUGUCGCCCCACCAAUCCAGGAGGAGGACGAGUACGACUAUGACGCCUCUCAAGCUCCAGUGCGCAUGUCCCCGUCUGUUCGUCCUGGCAGUUUGUACGACGCGUCUCCCAGGUCGUUUGCCGAGCGUCAGCUCGAGGCGGAGGAUGCCCAGGGUGGCAGCGCGCAAGACGAACAGAUCCGGCGGCGAGGCCAGGCCGAGCCCGUUCACGAGUGGGACUUUAGUGACUUGGGCAAGAGCGAUGUCGAUGUUGCAGCAUUCAUUCGCAAAGCAUUGGCCGGUGCAGACAAGGAGGAGAAAAAGCGCUUUAUUGCUGCGCUUCAAAAGCAAAAGGAUGUCAGCGCCAGUGAUCUCCAGAAGAAUGUCUUUAAGCACUAUGCCGAGUUUGUCAACAUCUCCAAGGAAAUAUCGACACUCGAAAACGACAUGCUGGAGCUCAAGGAGCUCCUGAACGAGUGGAAGACUGUGCCGCAGCUGAUGGGCAUGGACGACACCCUUGCCCCCACACUUGACAAGGAAGGCAACGUUGAUCGCCACCGUUACCACCGUCGCAACUCGCCCAUGGACCUGCAGCAAAUGUACAAGGUGCAGCUCAGCAACCUGUGGUCGUCUGUCGAGGGCUCGCAAAAGUACAUUCCGUUUGUGACGGGACGCCACCUUGUUUACGAGACCCACGGCUUCGUCGAGCUCAACGCCGCCACGUACAAAGCCAAGCAGAACGUCUCGCUAUUCCUUCUCAGCGAUGUCCUCCUCGUUGCGGGACGCAGGAGGUUCAAGGCUGGGCCCAGUGCCUCCACCAGCCCGGAUUACGAGCGUGGUCGCAUGGUCGCAGAGCGGUGCUGGGUGUUGACCGACCUUGUGGUGAUUGACCUCAAGGACAGUGGAGACCUCACGAACGCACUCAAGAUCAAGCGCGGCAAGGAGGUGUGCGUGUGUCGUGCCGCCAGGCCAGAGGACAAGAAGGCUCUGUUGAGCGCCUUCCGUCAAGUGUCCCAGGAGCUCGCCGAGAAGCGGCGCAAGGAGAGCGAGGCAGAGCAGGAACGCAGGAAGACGCUCUGGCACGGCGAGGCAUCGACCAACCGCAUGACCCGCAUGUCCUUGUUCAUGGAUGGCGGCGGCAAUGCCCGCCCGCUAACAACCAUCGGCACGUCUGUCACCGAUGACUCGGAUCUGCUGUGGAUCGACGAGUACGGAGACGACCUCACCAUGGCUAUUGCGACGCAGGACUGGGAUCAGGGCGUCAAGCUGGUCGAGCGAGGGCAGGAUCUGCUGCGUACUGUGGCGAACAAUGCCACAGCUACUGAACUGCUCAAGUUUAAACUUGACACCCUACGUCCCAACCUCAUCACCCAGAUUGCCAAGGACCUGGGCUCGCCCGACAUUCGCAAGGCUGCGGCUGCCCAGCUCAUUGCUCUUCUCCAGCGCCUCAGCCGUGCCGAGCUCGCGCGCGAUACCUUCCUGAAAGCAAGGCACGACUUGAUGCUGCGUCUGGUCCGCACGAUCAAGCACGAGGGUGACAUUAGCAUGUAUGUCCACGAGCUCUCCGUGGUGUGUUUUACGAUCGUCCGCCACACGUCCGACUGGUACAUGAAUGCGUUCAAGGAUAACGCGAUGGCAUCUGGCUUUGUCACUUGGGCAAAGGAGCAGAUCGACUACUUUGGUGACGUGUUCCGUCGUCAAGUAUAUGCGCCGACUAUCGACCAAGCGGUUAUCGACGAGUGCCACAAGGUUACUCUCUCUGCCAACCGAAAGCUCCUGCGCGACGCUGGCCUCGACUUUACCUACCUCCUCAACGCUGUUACUGCUCGGGAUGUCAGCAGUCCCUCGACGUCUACUUUCCAGGAAAGCAAGUCGUCGAACCGUGGGUUCCGCCGCGACACACAUAUGCCUGGACCGACUGUCAGUCUGGCUCCACCAGCCCUGGCCAAGUCGACCAGCAGGUCACCACACAGCACCGCAUCGUCACUCGAGUCAGAGUCGCAUCUCUCCACACCACUGUCAAAGUCCGCAAGCCGGUCGCCUGGUGCGGCGCAGGCUUCGCUCCCUACCCCGGAUCUGUCUAGAGGCAACACGGCGCCGUUGUCCAUCAACCGCCGGCGCGGUGACAGCAGUGCCAACCGAGCUGGUCUUCGGGACAUCAGUGGCGCAAGCAUGGUGAGCGUCAGCAGCGCCAACAGCGCCAUGUCAGCGAGCACAACCGGUACGGCAUCUCCUGCCCCUCGCCCGCCACCCAGGAGCGACCGCCGGUCUCGAGCUCCGCAGCUCUAA